GCUUUCGGUUCAGAUACGACAACAGAGGCCUCUAGGAAUCCACCCAUGACAUGACGUCACGGCGGGCUCUGACAAGCGCUGGUGCCGGAAGAAAAGAUGGCGGAUCGUGAGGAGCAGCUGUCCGAUGAGGAAAAGGUACGCAUAUCAGCCAACUUUGUCAUCCACGCUCCACCAGGAGAAUUCAAUGAAGUUUUCAAUGAUGUGCGAUUGCUGCUCAACAAUGACAACCUUCUCCGGGAAGGCGCGGCGCAUGCAUUUGCUCAGUACAAUGUGGACCAGUUUACCCCAGUGAAAAUUGAUGGCUAUGAGGAACAGGUCCUGAUCACUGAGCACGGUGACCUAGGCAACGGCCGCAUUCUCGACCCCAAGAACAAGAUCUCCUUCAAGUUCGACCACCUGAGGAAAGAAGCCAGUGACCCUCGCUCCCACGACAGCGACAGCUCCAUCGAGCCCUGGAGGAGCGCCUUGGACUCGGCCGUCAGGGCCUACGUCAAGGAGCACUACCCCAACGGAGUCUGCACCAUUUAUGGGAAAACCAUUGACGGACAUAAAACUAUCAUCGUGUGCGUCGAGUGCCAUCAAUUUCAACCCAAAAACUUCUGGAACGGACGCUGGAGGUCAGAGUGGAAAUUCACCAUCUCUCCCUCUACCACCCAGGUGGCAGGCAUUAUGAAAAUCCAGGUCCAUUAUUAUGAAGACGGCAACGUCCAGCUGGUCAGCCACAAAGAGGUGCAGGAGGCCAUGUCUGUUUCUAAUGAAGCUUCUACUGCGAAGGACUUCAUAAAGAUCAUGGAGGCUGCCGAGAACGAAUACCAGACUGCGAUCAAUGAGAAUUACCAGACUAUGUCGGACACUACCUUCAAAGCCUUACGCCGCCAGCUACCCGUCACUCGCACCAAGAUUGACUGGAACAAGAUCCUGAGCUACAAGAUUGGAAAGGAGAUGCAGAAUGCCUAAAAAGCCCAGGAAAGCGAGACAAAUUCAGCCCCUUAACCCACCCAAGAAAAAGACGUCAACAUUGCAUGACUGGAUAGUUGUAUUGUCCAUGUAUGAAAAAUUGAUAAAACAGGCAAAAUUUAGGUUUGGUCUUACACAAAGAUGUCACAUUACACUUCAAAUGUUCACCGUUGCUUAAAUUGUUGGGUUUAUUUUUUUCUUUAUGGAGAUGCUGUUGGAACCUCUGUAUAUGAAAUAUAAAAUCAUGAUCAUAUUGAUAACAAGCGUUUUUGGAAGGUAAUAAUAUAAGACAUAGGAGAGGGAACAGGAACUCGUAUGCAACUCCACCCUUAUGAUCACCUGUGCAAUAUUAACAUUUUCUAAAGGCUUCCCCUUCUGUUUGACCUGCUGGGGAAAAAACUAAACAAAAUUUGCGUUGGCAGGAAGAAUUAUAUAUAUAUAUAUAAAUGUCUAUUUUUUUCUUUGUUCAUAUAACACAUUGACUGAAAAAAUAAAACACUGUUUACAUUA